AUGACCUCGAUCGACCUCGCACCAUCCCGCCGAGGGCGUAUCCUCCUGGUUGGCUCAGGGCUUGGACAUCCUUCCCUCCCCACAGUGGCUACCCACGCCGCGCUCACAAAACAUGCCGACCUCGUACUUUCCGACAAACUGGCGCCAGAGGUGGUUCUUGCGCUGGUUCCUCCUGGUGUCGAAGUGCGUAUGGCGUGCAAGUUCCCGGGUAAUGCGGAAGGCGCACAAAUGGAGCUCAUCGAAGCAGCCAUCGAGGCAGCCAACCGCGGGCUGACCGUCGUCUGGCUCAAGCAAGGUGACCCAACGGUACACGGGCGUGCAGGCGAGGAGGUGAUCUACUUCCACACCCGUGGAUUCGAGCCCGUGGUCAUUCCUGGUGUCAGCUCCGUCCUCGUAGGCUCUACCUUCGCUGGUAUCCCCGUUACUCAAAGGGGUGCUGCCAGGUCCGUCAUCGUCUGCACGGGUGUUGGGCCCCAGGGCAAAGAAGUCAAGCAGACAGACUCCAAGACGUCCCUGUUUUGA